GGAAGGGGAGGCUGGUGGGGGUUGGAUGUAGACUGUGGGAGUUGGGGACCCAGGGCCAUAGGGUGUGGUGUGGGGCAGUGGAGCACAGGGAUGUGGGGAGUAACCUGGGAAGCAGACCGACGGGACCAUGAGGCGGGCAGGCAGGAGCAUCUGAACUGGGCUGUGGGCCUGGGGGGGAGGCAGCAGCAAAGGCCGGGACCCUCCCCUGGCUCCCCCUUUCCCCUGUGGCGUCCGCACAGGAGUGGCCCCAUACGUGGGGGGCCAGAGGCGCUGGCAGAGAUGGGACCCCUGUUGGGGGAGGACACUAGCCAGCAGGGGGCGGAGGUAGGGGCCGAGCCGGCGGGCUGGGGGGCCGCUGUGCAGUGGGGAGCUGAGGAGCCAGACGACGCAGACCCCAUGCGAGUCCUCACACUGCCGCUCCAGGCCCAGCAAGCCAUGGGGAGGGUGGAGGAGUUUGUCUUUAAGGUGUGGGAGGGGCGCUGGAGGGUCUUCCCCCACGAUGUGCUGCCCGACUGGCUGAAGGACAACGACUUCCUUCUCCACGGGCACCGUCCGCCCAUGCCUUCCUUCCGCGCCUGCUUCCGCAGCAUCUUCCGCCUGCACACAGAGACCGGCAACAUCUGGACACACCUCAUCGGCGCCCUCUUCUUCCUCGUCUUGGGCAUUGGCUACAUGUUCAGCCCCAACAUGAAUUACAGGGCCCCCGUCCAGGAGCGGGUCGUCUUCGGGACGUUUUUCCUGGGGGCCACCCUCUGCCUCUGCUUCUCCUGCCUCUUCCACACGGUGUACUGCCACUCGGAGAGAGUGUCCCGCACCUUCUCCAAGCUGGAUUACUCAGGCAUCACGCUGCUGAUCGUGGGCAGCUUCGUGCCCUGGCUGUAUUACUCCUUCUACUGCUCGCCCCAGCCCCAGCUCAUCUACCUCAUCAUCGUCUGCGCGCUGGGGGUCACGGCCAUCACGGUGUCCCAGUGGGACCAUUUCGCCACGCCCCAGUACCGCGCCGUGCGGGCAGGCGUGUUUCUGGGUCUGGGGCUCAGCGGGCUGGUGCCCACCCUGCACUUCAUGCUGGCCGAGGGGCCGGUGCGGGCGGUGACGGCCGGGCAGAUGGGCUGGCUCUUCCUCAUGGCGCUGCUCUACAUCCUGGGCGCGGUGGUGUACGCCGCCCGCGUGCCCGAACGCUUCUUCCCCGGCAAGUGCGACAUCUGGUUCCACUCCCACCAGAUCUUCCACGUGCUGGUGGUGGCGGGCGCCGGCGUCCACCUCCACGGGGUCUCCCAGCUCCAGGCCUUCCGCUCCUCGCUGGGGGGCACCUGCACCAAGAGCACUGUGCUGUGACCCCCCCCGACCCACCGGAUCCUGCCCCGGGGGGCCUGGCCCCGGGCGAUCAGAUCCCACCCCAGGGGGCGUGGCCCCGGGUGCCGAGCGAUCAGAUCCCACCCCGGGGGGCCCGGCCCCGGGUGCCGAGCGACCAGAUCCCACCCCGGGGGGCCCGGCCCCGGGUGCCGAGCGACCAGAUCCCACCCCGGGGGGCGUGGCCCCGGGUGCCGAGCGACCAGAUCCCACCCCGGGGGGCCCGGCCCCGGGUGCCGAGCGACCAGAUCCCACCCCGGGGGGCGUGGCCCCGGGUGCCGAGCGACCAGAUCCCACCCCGGGGGGCCCGGCCCCGGGUGCCGAGCGACCAGAUCCCACCCCGGGGGGCGUGGCCCCGGGUGCCGAGCGACCAGAUCCACCCAGAGGACGUGGCCUCAGAUGCCAGUGGAGGAGUGCGGCCACGGGAGGCGUGGCCUCUGGCACCGACCAACCAAUCCCAGCCUCAACCAGUCAAUCACGCCAGGGGAGGUUGCCGCCUUUAACACCAACCGACCAAUCCCAGCACUGGAUUCAGGGCCUCACAGGCCAACCAAGCCUGUCCUCCAGCAGCCGAUCACAUGACAGAAGGCGGGACCUCAGAUGACAACUGACCAAUUGGCCCACUAGGAGUGUGGCCUUGGACCCUGACCAACCAAUCAGACCAUGGAGUAGUGAUAUCAGAUCCUGACUGACCAAUUGCCCCAAAUGGGGCGUGACCUAAGACUCUGACCAACGAAUCACACCACAGGGGGUGUGGCCUCAGACACCAACCAACCACUCAUGCCAUGGACUUGUGAUGUCACACAGUAACCAACCAAUCGCACCACGGAGAUGUUACUGCGAUCACUAACUGACCAAUCGCAACAUGGGAGGCGUGGCCUAUGACAGAGACUGAUUCAUCCCACUUUGUGUGGGCCAAUCAAGCCAAGGGGGCGUGGCUUCUUUUAAAGGGGACAUUACCUGGUCCCCGGUGCAUCGGGAGCGAUCCCAGACCUCAGGGUCCCUGUCCGAGGGCUCGGGG